GCGGAGGCGAUCUGCAAACUCGUGGCGAAGUUGUGCAUUAAACUUUCGUUGUCAAUUUGCUCAACAAGAAAAGAUGCCUGGCGUUGAAACAAUAAAAUCUAGUUGGGCCGACGAGGUGGAGCUGGACUACGGCGGCCUGCCACCAACAACGGAAGCGGUUGAGAACGGCCACAAAUAUGUUACCGAAUACAAAUACAACAAGGACGAUAAGAAAACGAAAGUGGUGCGAACGUACAAAAUAUCCAAACAGGUAGUGCCAAAAACCGUUGCCAAGCGCCGCACCUGGUCCAAGUUUGGUGAAUCGAAAAAUGACAAGCCCGGCCCCAAUUCGCAGACAACAAUGGUAUCUGAGGAGAUAAUCAUGCAGUUGAACUCCAAGGAGGACGAGAAGGCCAACGAUCCGCUGCUGGAUCCCACAAAGAACAUUGCCAAGUGUCGUAUUUGCAACGGCGAACAUUGGUCGGUCAAUUGUCCAUACAAAGGCACCGCCAUGGAUACGAAUCUUAUGGAGAAGAAGGCCGCUGCCGCUGCCUCCGCGGCCGUCGAUGCGCCCAAGUCCGGUAAAUAUGUGCCGCCGUUCCUCAAGGACAGCCAAAAGGGUGGGUUAGGCAUGCGUGGACGCGACGACACCGCAGCUAUCCGCAUCUCCAACUUGUCCGAGUCGAUGACCGAGGUGGAUCUAGAGGAACUGGUGAAAAAGAUUGGUCCUCAGAGCAAAAUGUACCUGGCCCGCGAUAAGAACACCGGUCUUUGCAAGGGCUUCGCCUACGUUCACUUCAAACAGCGCAAGGAUGCGGCCGCGGCCAUCGAAAUACUAAAUGGUCACGGCUACGACCACUUGAUCCUCAGCGUUGAAUGGUCCAAGCCGCAGAACAAUUAGAUCACAUAGCGUGUGGGUGUGAUUACUAUCGAGAGGAUUUCAACUUUAAUUGAAAAAGUACAUUGUAAAACGCUUUUAAUUAUUUUUUGUUUGUUUGAUAAUUCCUGUCUUGGGGGAACCUGGUAUUAGAGCUAAAUAAAGGUUUCCUAAACUAUGUAAAAUAAAACAAAAAUAAAAGGCUUGUCGGAGCUCCCAAAACGA